UCCCUCUCUCUUUCGUUUUCUCUCCUCGAUCUUUCAUUCUUGAUUCUUCCUUCUCUACUUUUAGAUUUUCCCCGGCAAAAUUUCUCCUGUUUUCCCUGCGUCCAAUCACUUCUCUUCGCUCUCAGUUGCUUCUCGAGCUCCUUUGUUCCACCGCUGAAAAUAGAGUCGUUGCAGAGAGAGCUACUUGUCUUCUUCUUCUUCUUCAGCUGCUACUUCCUCGGCGACGGGGUAGUGGAGAUCGGAUUGUUCUCAUCUCAUGUGAGUUUUCUCGACUUCGAUUGCUGAUUUCCUUUCCUUUUCCUGCUUGAUUUUCCUUCUCGAGCUCGUUGGUGUUGUUGCCGGUGCUGACUACGGCGGCUUUGUUUUUUUGUUUACAGAGAUUUGUGAAUCUGAGGCUUGAAAUCGGAAAGAUAAGAUUAGGUCCAGCUCUCUAAUGGCUGCUUCUCAGGAUCAAGUUCAGGAAGGUCCUAAUGAUAUGUCGGCUUCGGGAGGUGAAUGCUAUGAUGACAAUGGUGGAGAUCAGUUGAUAGAAUUGAAUUCGUUUGGGAGUCAUCAGCAGACUCCCAAAUUGAGGAAGCCUUACACCAUCACCAAACAGAGGGAGAAGUGGACGGAGGAGGAACACCAGAAGUUCCUGGAUGCUCUGAAGUUGUAUGGCCGUGGCUGGCGUAAGAUUCAAGAACAUGUAGGCACCAAAACUGCUGUUCAAAUCCGAAGCCAUGCUCAAAAGUUUUUCUCCAAGGUGGUGCGUGAGACAACUGGGGUUUCAGAGAGUUCCCUGAAACCAAUUGAGAUCCCCCCUCCUCGUCCAAAGAGGAAACCCUCGCAUCCUUACCCUCGUAAAUGCAUUGAUGCUCCUGAGAGAUCCGAGUCUCCAAAUUUGUUGGGUAUGGAGAAGGGGAACAAUUCCCCGACCUCUGUGUUGUCCGUGGUUGGCUCGGAGGCAUUGGGCUCUCCAGCUUCGGAGAUGUUGAAUCGCUGCUCUUCGCUGACCUCAUGUACCAGCGAUGUUCAGUCCUUCAUGUUAUUGCCUCAUGAGAAAGAGAGUGAACCCUUAGUAUCAGAUGUCUCUCCGCUCCAAGAAAACGCAAAUUCUUCACCUGAGGGAGCAUCUUCUGAUCCAAUGAUGGAGAAGUUUCUCACGAAUCCGGAGGAUGGCUCCAACAAUGCAACUCUCCCUGAAGCAGAGGGAGCAGUCCCAAUGGCUCGUUCCAAGAGCUUCAAGUUGUUUGGGAGAACAGUGUUGGUUAUGGAUUCCGAGAAGCAUGUGGUAGGGGGCAGCCAAGCAAAUGUUGACAUGGACCAUGGCAUUGCCAAACAGAAGUCCUCGGGCAUCAAAUUGUCACUGGGUUUAGCUAACCAUGAUUUGAAUGGGUUGCCUUUGUCUAGUUUCCACACUGAAGUUAAGAGAGAGAGCGCUGGUAUCUCUGAAACGGAUUGUUCGUUACCACCAUGGAGUUUAUUUGACGGACUGUCUAAGAGUUCUCGGCAAUCAUUUACGGGAGACAAUUCAAAGGAGAAGGAUACUGUGGAUGAAAGAUCUUGUUCCGGCUCCGAUGCAGGAUCAACAAAUGAAGUAGAGAAACGAGAGAGAUCCAUGGAUGUAGGGGAGUCCCAACGCCAAAUGUUUACCAGUAAUGCGAGGAGCAAUUCGAUGAGGGGGUUUGUGCCAUACAAAAGGUGCUUAGCUGAGAGAGACAUGAAAUCAUCAUUGGUUGCGUCAGAAGAGCGAGAUCAGCAAAGGGCUAGAGUUUGCUCUUAGCCCGUAAAAAUUCCAUCUCUCCCCAUUGGCCUCUCAUUGUGUAGAUAGGUUGGAGAAGAAGAGGAGCUAAUUUUGCUGGCGGUGAAGCCCCGUAGUGAACGUUAAAGAAACCUGUAGACGAACCUAAUUUUUGGUCUUUACAGUCUCUUCAACUGAAGAAGCGGCCUGCAAAAGUUGGGUGGCUUUUUAGCAUGGAAGAGGAGACGGGCAAAGAUUUGUGAGGGAUGAGAAUGUGGGUACAGGGAAGCUCCCUACUAAUUGUAAAUUAUUCAUCGCCACGGCCACAGCCACAGCACUAGGUUCUGUUUGCCGCAGAAGCUGGAUGAUCGGAUCGUCAGACCCUUAGUCCUGCACCUGCGGUUGCUGCUACGAGUUUCGUUUCGGCCGUGGAAGAACUGCGAUUUAACUUGAAUAUAUGUUGUGGCUCAAA